AUGGAUCAGAAAGAUAAAAAACUUCUUGCUGAUAGCAAUAUUGAUAUAAAUUCUUUUCUUCUAGACAAUCUCAAUUCACUAGAUAUGAAUUAAUUGGAUGAUAUUCUUUAAAACGAAAAUAAUUAUUCAGAUAAUAAAAAAGUUGAAAAAUAAAUAAAAGUUGUUGAUGAUAAUGCAAUCACCUUAGAGGAAAUUGAGAAAUUAGAGUCUUCUAAUGUAAAUUUACUAAAAUAAAAACAGCAGUAAAUUUAAUUUGAAGAAAUUUACAAAAAAGAUCCAUUAGAAGCUGUAAAUUCUAUUGAGAUGCAGACUGCAUGCUUAGAUAAAAAAACAAUAGAAUAUUAUUAAAUUGAAUUUCCUUAGAUAUUUGGAUAAUAACAGACUUAUAUAGGAAAUAAUCAAAUAAAGACUAUUAGCUUUACAAACAUUGAUUAUAUCAAGCUCUACGAAAAAAGCAAGAUAAAAAUAACGACUUUAUAUGUUGGAAGCGGAGAAGUGUUUUUAGGAACUAAUAGUGGCGAAAUACUUAGAUAUAAAAAGGAAGAAGAUAAGCCUUUAGUAUUAUAUGAAUCAAGUUAAAAAUCUCCAGUUACAUGCAUGGAUAUUCGAUAACAAUUUAUUGUUGUAGGCUACCUGGAUGGGAGCAUUAAUCUUUUUAAUUUAAAGAAAGCAUAACUAUCUAUGCAAGUAAAAAUUCAUAAUACAGAAGUAUACUUUGUUAAAUUCUUUCAUGAUAUUUACUCAGCUGAUCCUUUGCACGAAAAGGAAGUAGAAAAAAUUACUGAAUUAUCCUUUCUAAGUUGUGAUAGUGGAGAACUUUAAAAGACUAUUUUUUCUAAAGGAAUGCUAUCUGGUAUAAAAUCAAGCAGCGAAAACUAUCCAGAUUUAUACAGUUAUUAUGAUAUAAUAAAAAGAAGUUAAAAAUCAAGAGAAGAAGUCAAAAUAUAAAAUCAAGACGAAAUGAUAUUUUAAAAGGUUAUUAAUUAUAAAUGCUAGCCUAUCAGCUUAAAAAAUAUAACGGUUUUACUGUAAGCCUUUGUUACCAAAGAUAGCAUUAUCAUACUUUCAGAAAGUGCAAGGACUUAGCCAAUGAUAGUUUUUUAUGAAAAGAGGAACAAUGAGAGAUUCAGAGAUGUUGAUUCUGACUGUAUUCCUGUAAUAGACUUCCAUAAAGAUAUACUUAUGAUUGGAUGGGGGAGUAUUGUUUAUGUUGUAAAGUUACAGCUGUAAUUUAAAUAAACAACAAAUAACGAAUAAAUUGUAGAAAAUUAAUUUCCACUUAAGCAUAGAUUUUACAUAAAUUAAACUAACAUUCUUUAUAGUAGUUUUAUAAGAAAUAACAUUAUAUUCUUAAUAGACAAUACCAAUACUUGUCAUAUAGUAAAUUUUCUUAAAUUUGCAAAAGAUUAAUAUAAAUAUAAUGAUAAUGGUGGUGCAGAGUAAUCUCUUAAUGCACAUGUAUUCUAGUCUUACAAUAUCUAGAAAAUCACUAAAUCGAGAUAGCUUCAAAUAGAUAAUCGCUUAAUCAAAUCUUUUUACAAUUCAAUCUAAAUUUUAAAUGAAAAAAUUUAUGUCCUGUCUUUGACUACAACAAAUGUAGAAUAAUAACACUAAAUAUUAGAAGGCGAGAUAUUAUAGUGGGAAAUAUAGUUAAAUCUAAAAUUUGAUUCUAGAAAAGAUCUAGCUAGUUAAAUUCAAACCCUAGAAAUAUGCCUACAAAUAUAUUAAGGAAAAAACUAAAGUUUUGGUGAAAUUUCUACUUUUAAGAGUGAUCUUAAAAAUUACAUUGCCAGAAAAGUUAAAGAGUCAUUUGAAAGAUACUUGAUAGAUUUAAUAAAUUUUAGAAUAAAAAAUAGCCCCCAAAAAAUAAAAAUGAUUUCAGAUAUUUCUGAAAUAAACACGAAACCUUUUGUUGAUAUAAUUGGUGAAAAUGUUCUUGAAAUAGUUAAGUAAAAUAAUGCCCUUAUGAUGUAUAUGAAGUAUCUAAUAUUCACAGAUAACGUUUAAUUUAUGUUCACUGAAUUUUUAAAUCGCAUAAGGCAUGUCUAAUUGCUUAAAGAUAGUUUCUUUUAGUCGUUAGAGCCUUACAUUGUACUAGAAUAUAUUAAAUUUAUUCCUAAUGAAGAAAUUUUUAAAGAAUUUUUUACUUACUUUGAUAGUAAAAAUAAGCAUGAUAUUAUUGCUAAAUUUAUCUUUUGUAUAGAUAAAUAGCAAUAACUAGAAUAUAGAUAUAUAAAAAGACUCUGCAAUAAAUUAGAAUUGCUUUCAGCCUCAAUAUUUAUCUCUACUAACUUUGAAAAUAACUUCAAGGCUCCUCUCUAGCAAAUGGUGUCAGACUUAGAUUCCCUUUCUUCAAGUAGUAGUUUAUAAAAAUCUUCAGAUGGUUCAUCGUAAACAAAUUUGAUAUACACAAAAGAAUGGAUAGGCUACAAACUUUUGUGGUACAUCAAAAGAUCUCUGUCUUCGAUUGUUUUCCCUAACACUUAAAUGGAUGACACUUAAUGGUCAGAAGCAGUCAACAGUAUUUUUGAAUGGAUCUUCUUUGAAAGAAAUCUUAUAAAAAUCUUAAAAAUCGAUCCUGAUCUCGCUUUACAAAAUAUUUUGAUGUUUUUUAAAGGUUAUUCAAGUGAAUUUCUAAAAAUCAAAGAAUAAGAAUACAAAUAAAAAUUUCAAAAACUCUUGCAAUAUGAUGAUAAAAUUAAUCGAAAUGUUUAAUCUGAUAAAAAUGGGAAUGGUGAAGCAAUAAAAAUAAAAGAUAGUUUAAAAACACUAAUUUGUAAAUAUAUUAAAUAUGUAAUCAGUUAAGAAAACACAGAUAAAUACUUACCAAAAGAUACUUUUAACUACUUUUAUUUGCUCUUAGCUGAAGUCAAAGAGAAAGAUGUGCAAAUUGAUUAAGAACUUUCAACCGAAGCUAUUUACUUUUUGUUAGAAAAUCCUAAUUCUCAUUUUUAUAGAAAUAAAGAUUGGGCCUUAGAAAUAGAAUAUAGAAGCAAAUAAAUUAUUAAAUUGAUCGAACCCCAUAUUAGCAAAAAUAAACUAAAUCUAAGCGAAAUCUUAAGAAAAGCUCUGAAUUCCCCUUUCGUUGAAGUAUGCUCUUACAUUUAUCGUUAUCAAGGAGAUUUUGAAUAGGCUAUAAAAAUAUAUCUUGAAACAUCUUUUGUAGACAUCAGAUUUAAAAUUUUUAGCUUUAUUAAGGAGCUGCUUGACACAAAUUCAGAAAAAUAAGCAUAAAUUAUAGAAAAAAUAUUUAUCCACCUUCCAAAAUUAUUAGCAAUCAACUAUCAUUACACAAAAGAACUGCUCGAAAAAAUUUAAAAUUAUGACAUUCAUGCUAUAAUUAAAGCUCUAAAUGGUUAAGAAGAGCUUACUUUCAAAAUUUUAUCUGAAUACAUUCAUGAUUAAAGGAAAAAAAUAAUAGAAGAGUCUCUAAGUAUACCAUAAAAUGAGAUAUACCUAUACAUGCUUUACAUGAAGCUCCUAAUUAAAUUUUAACCAUCUGAAGUAGUCAAUGAACUCAAAACUCAACUCUAUAGCCUAGAAGAAGUUUAAUAAAUUUUAAAGGAAUCCAACCAUCUACAAGGAACUGCAUAUGUUUUAAGCCGCUUUGGAAAUAUCAAAGGAGCAUUGGAAAUUCAUUUAGACUUGAUAAAAAGAUAUUUAAAUAGAAAGGACAAACCUCACUCUAUUAAGGAGUUUACAGACGGAACAGAGCUCCUUCUUAAAAAUAACAAAAGAGGUGAUGAAGAUUCAGAAAAUAAUUGGUUUUUCUGGAUCACUGGAAUACAAAGAAUAGAACAGAAUAUACCUAAAGAAAUGAUUGAAUUUUAAAAGAAAUUUGAAGAAGAAUCUUUUGAAGCUUUAAUACAUAAUGUAUAGCUCUCUUCUAUUUUAUAAAAUAAAGAUUUACUACCUUUAUUAGGUUCUAACUCUUCAGAAAAUUUUAACUAAAAAUCAAAACUCUAUGAGACACUUUAAACUCUUCUUAAAAGUUACAGUUUUGAGCAAAAGAUAUUUGAGUAUUCAAAGGAUAUACUUUAUUUUGAAUACUGCAGAAAGGAAAAUGUUUCUUUUAGAUUAUAAAAAAAAGGGAUUAAAAUAAAUUUCGCUUGCUCAAACUGCAAGAAAGAGUUGCAAAAAGACUUUACUCAUUAUUAUUGUUAUCACACUUAUUGUUCAGAUUGUGAUAAAAGUUUAUGUUUAAUCUGCUUUGAAAACCAAAAAAACACAUUUUAAAACAUUUUAAAUAGAGAAGAGUAAAAAUCAAUUAACUUGAAAUAUUAAAAGUAUAUCUAGCUUGAGGAAGAAAAGAAAAAGAAAGUGCAAGAAGAUAAGGAAAAAAAGAAUAAUAAUAAUAAUAAUUUAAAUUAAAAGUAAAUUUAAGAAUAAAAAAAUGCUUAGGAACAACAACUUUAAAAAAAUAGAAAACUAAAAAAACUUAAAAACUUUGAUAAAAAUCUUUAAGAAUCUAGAGCUGAAUAGCUAAAUUUUUUUGAAUGA